CACCCUCCUCUCCUUCCCCUCAGUUACUUUUCAAAUAAUUUCUUUGGAGCAUGAUUCAUCCCUGGACGAGGAUCCCAUCUCCAAUCCCUUUGUGAAACCCACCGCCUGUCCUUUUCGCCCUCCCACUCCCUGCCAAUCAUGGAUCCAUUCCGCUCUUCCACUCUCGGCUCCUUCGCCCCUUCCCAUCCCUUUCUGAGCACUCCCUAUGAAAGACUCCUCUCCCGAUUCCCCAAACCCUUCCGCCGUAAUUCCGUUUUCGUCUUCGCCGGCACCUCCACCCGCCGGUCGUCCCCCUCCGUCCCCAUGACCUUCGGCUUCGACACCCUCAAGGAGACCUUCUCCGUCGACGUCAGCCGCGCCGAGGGGCGGCCCCUCGACGUCCCCCUCAUCGCCCCCUUCACCAUCGCCUCCUCGCGGCUCGACGCCGUCGGGAACGUCGCCGUCCGGGUGGAGCUCCGCAACGGCUCCGUCGGCUGGGGAGAGGCCCCCGUGCUGCCCUCCGUCACCGCCGAGGACCAGCCCGCCGCCCUCGCCGCAGCUGGCGACGCCUGCGGCCUCCUCGUCCGCAGCCCGGCGAUGACGCUUGGUGCCCUGCUCUUCGAGGUCGCCCGCGUCCUCCCCGGCCAUGAAUUCGCUUCGGUUAGAGCUGGAGUCGAGAUGGCACUGAUCGAUGCGGUUGCUAAUAGCAUUCGCAUACCUCUUUGGAGAUUGUUUGGCGGAGUAUCAAAUUCCUUAACUACAGAUAUAACAAUUCCGAUUGUAUCCCCAAAUGAAGCUGCUGAGUUGGCUGCGAAAUACUGUAAACAAGGGUUUAGCACAUUGAAGCUGAAGGUGGGGAAAGAUUUGAGUUCGGACAUCGAAGUUCUAAAGGCCAUAAGAUCAGUUCAUCCUGAUUGCUCUUUUAUUUUGGAUGCAAAUGAAGGCUAUACAGCUCAACAAGCAAUUGAAGUUCUUGAUAAACUCCAUGAAAUGGGGGUUGUUCCUAUUCUAUUUGAGCAACCUGUUCACAGAGAUGACUGGGAGGGUCUCCAUCAUGUUAGUCAUGUUGCAAAGGACAAAUACGGCGUAUCUGUUGCUGCAGAUGAAAGUUGUAGGGGUUUACAUGAUGCACAGAGAAUCAUACAAGGAAAUCUUGCUCAUGUCAUCAAUAUUAAGCUGGCCAAACUAGGGGUUCUUGGGGCUCUUGAGAUAAUUGAUGUUGCAAGAAAAGCAGGUCUUGCACUUAUGAUUGGUGGUAUGGUUGAAACGAGACUUGCCAUGGGCUUUGCUGGUCAUCAGGCUGCUGGUCUUGGUUGUUUCAGUUUUGUUGAUCUUGACACACCUCUUCUUUUGUCUGAGGAUCCAGUAAUUGGCGGAUAUGAAGUUUCUGGUGCUGUCUACAAGUUCACCAAUGCCAGGGGCCAUGGUGGUUUUCUUCAUUGGGACAAUAUUGCUUGCUUCCAUAUCAUAAAUCUCGUUUAUGUUUGAGGACGUAAAGCUGCUGCUUUUUUCUUGCUUGCUUAUCUUAGUACAGUCAAUAAAUUAUAGUUUCAAAUGUUUAAACCGAAGAAAUGUACUGUGCAGCUAAUUGCACAAAUGGAACCAAAUUGAGGUAAUAUCUAGGAAAUAAUAAAUUGUAAUCUGUGUUGCUUUUUGUUCGAAAAGAAUUCAUUGUUGGGUUUAUUAUAUACCUUACGUAACAAAAUAAAAAAGGACUAUAUGGUGAGGAAAAGAUAGUAUGCUUGCAAUCUGAAGUCUCUGUGGAUUGGAUAACCUAUUUAUUGAGGACUCCAGAGAUAGGGAAUAAACAUACUUAUAUAUACUAAAUAAGAGAUUGUUGGGACCUUAAACUUUAGCUAUUUACAAUCAUGAUAAAAUUGAUUUAUGGGUUAUUAUACAAUGAAAAGGCUUGGCCCAAUUGUAUAAUGACAGUGUGAUGAUAGGCAGAUGGUGUGAACUUUAUUGGUUAUCAUAUAGCUAGAUGUGAGGCUUGGCCCAAUUGACUCAACCCAGUCGAGUCGAGUCGACCUAGCUUGGUUGGGCUGUGACAGCUUGACCAUGAGCGACAGGUAGGGCCACACGAAUCUGCCAGAACCCUCGCCUCCUUUCAUCUCUUUCAGGUACCACUGCUGUCUAGUGGUUUUCCACUGCCAAAUAGGGAAGGCGAGCAUGAGAAGAUCGUGAAAAAUCGUCGGCCUUCUUUCUAUUUCUUUCCCUCUUCCUUGUUUCCAUGGCCAACAUCCCGAUCUCCUCCUUUCUCCUCUAUUUCUCUCUCUCCCCUAGAUUUUCACCAUCUCCCUGUUCCUUUUGUGCAGUAGAAACCUUCCUUGUGGCGCUUAGUAGGGCGACCGGCAACGUCCCUUUUUUCUCCUCUAGAAUCCAAGCCAAUAAGGUCUUCUUUCCCAAUUUCAGAGGUGAUCAAGUGUUUGGGCAGGAAACGAUCUAGCGUGGGGCUGCUAGGAUCUUUGAUUUUGGUUAUAUCUGCUUUGGUAGGCAUCUUUGGCUUGGCGGUCGGGUUAGAAAUUGUCGUUGAUUACCUCAUGAAUGCGGGUGCCAGUUAUAGCCUCCAAAAUUCUUCUGUUUGUGUCAUCGAGUGAGGUGGUCAUUGGUCUCAUCUAAAUUAUUUCUUCAACAAUCAAAGAAAAGGUGAGGAAGCAAAUAUUGGAGGAUCGGAAGCACUUGUAUCUGCUCUUUUAUAAAUGUAAUCUCAUGGACAUAUCCUUGUUCCAAAAUGUUUAAUGAGCCCAAACUGGGAUGCAAUGUAGAAAAUUAGUUUAUUAGCAUGUAGUGGGCUCUCUUGUUGUUCAUCUUGCGUCUCAGCUACAAGAUCCAAUAAAUUCUGAGAAUCUUUAAUGCACCAGCUGACUUGUAUGAGAUAACUGAUAGUAAUAAAAUCACAUACUUGUGUCUGA